CACACAUAGCUUUGACAUAGCAGAAUCGAGCUCGUCGACGUGUUAUCGCAAGAGUUUGUUAACGUGUCUUCACUCCAGUACUCGAAAUACCAAUAAUACGAUGGGUCUCCUUGCUAUUUUACGAAAAUUGCGAUCAAAUCCUGAUAAAGAGCUGCGUUUAUUAUUGUUGGGUCUGGACAAUGCCGGGAAAACAACCAUUUUAAAAUGUUUGGCAAGUGAAGAUAUUACACAGGUCACUCCAACACAAGGGUUUAAUAUAAAAAGUGUCCAGAGUGAGGGUUUCAAAUUAAACGUUUGGGAUAUUGGUGGAGCCCGAAAGAUUCGACCUUAUUGGCGAAAUUAUUUCGAGAAUACGGACGUACUUAUUUAUGUCGUUGAUAGCGCGGAUAUCAAAAGGCUGGAGGAAACGGGACAAGAAUUAUCGGAACUUCUGCUGGAGGAAAAGCUACGCGGAGUGCCGUUAUUGGUGUACGCUAAUAAACAAGAUCUAGGACACGCGGUAACGGCGGCCGAAAUAGCGGAGGGACUUGGUUUGCACAAUAUCAAAGAUCGUGAUUGGCAGAUACAAUCGUGUAUUGCCACAGAAGGCAAGGGCGUCAAGGAAGGUUUAGAAUGGGCGUGCAAGAACAUCAAGAGGAAAUAAUUAACGCUGUGGAAAUUGAAGAACAUAAUCGAUGUUUAUUCCACAUUAGGGCGCACGAAAGGAGCAGGUUUACCGUCCACUGUACAUUUUACACAUGAACUUUAUUUAUCUUUUAUCUACUAUUUACAAAGAACUCUUAUAUAUAUAUAUAUAUAUAUAUAUAUAUAUAUAUAUAUAUAAGAACAUUGCUGUUUGUGGAUUCGGUACGAUCGUCCGAAUGUUCGGUACACAUUCCUAUGAACACGCAUCGUCGUACCGAACGUAUCCAGUCGUAGGACUUCCGUCCAUUUUGGAAUGAGUCGCUCAACAUCAGUCAGAUUCGAGAAGUUCUAUUUUUCGCAUGAGAGAAUCGCCAUCCGUAACGGCGAAUGUUACAUUGUAAAGAAACGUGCCUUCUUGCUGUUUUCAUUGUAGAUUAAAAUUUUUAUAGAUUUAUCUAGUAAAGAUUCAUAAAGAUAACGGGACAACAGAAACGACACGAUAUGUAUUCGUAGAUAUAGUUAUUAAUAUAAUAUUUAUACCUAUAAUAGAGAUUUGAGCACCACAUGUGUUACUGCACUCACGGAAGUAGAAUCGCGGAGAUGCGCUAAAGCAUAACGCGCAGCAUGUACAACAAAACACGUUCAUAGCUGCGUAUCUUUUUAUCUUAACGAUUAAAUACCACAUAAGCAAUUAAGAAAAAAUUGCACGUUCCAAAUAAUGCCGGGUUCAAUGGCUUUUAAUUGGAAUUAGUCUGCGUCAUGCCAAUGUGCCGCGAUUUUUGCACAAUAUGUGAAACUAUGAUAAUAUUAUUUAUUAUAUUGAUUUAUUAUGCGUCAGAAUGUAUCUCGUUAAUAGCCAAUUUUAAAUGUAUAUUAUGUAAAAAGUAUGAAAAUGAGCAUUUUCCCAAGUGCGAGUCUUAAUACUUAUGUAGUAUUAAUUUUCAAAAUAGUCAAUUAAUGGAAGCAUUUGCGUGUAUUAAAAAUUUUCGAAAACUUUAGUUGUAAACUGUAAAAUCUAUCUAACCGACACGGAAGUCUCGGAAACGUCUAAAACCGUUUUACCCGCACUUUAGACAGUUAGUCCACGAGAUAAGCAUGUCUUCUAGACAUUUUCACGUCUUCUAUGCGUAUGUGUGUCGCUCGAUUAUAUUUCUUAAAAAUUUAAUAUUUAAAGUCAAUGUUUUAUAGUGUCUUCAUUUAUGUACAUAUAAAAAAACACUCCUUAAUAUUUAAUCGCUUCUACAUAUAUCUGCUACUGCAGUCAUCAAUAUGACUUCGUCUGGCGCAUUCCAUUUUGUGCAAUAAAUACAGACAGAAUAGAGAACAGAUAAGAACACCAUUUGGCGACACAUCUUUCUAGAGGCGACUUAACAAUGUCUUUCACAAACUGUUAACAAUCUAAAACUCAGAGUUCGUCGUUAUGAAUAUUUUCUGUAGUCACUCUAAUUUCUUCUUCGUGGAAAGCCGUACAUUCUGCUGGAUACUUGCUCUGAAAAUAGAAUGUAAAACAGUUUUUAAUUAAAUUCUGUUGUUUAUAAUCGAAUUAACACGACAAAUCAUACACAGAACAAAUACAAAUAUUUUCAGUAGCAAAA